AAUUCCAUGAUCCAGACGAUGAGCCGCUUGAGAGAGAUAUCUCUAUUUGAUUGUGAUGUUCGUGUCCUGAGAAACGGAUUCUGGAGGUCCGUUUCGUCACAAGAGCUGGUACCCGGCGAUGUAUAUGAAUUCUCCGACCCAUCAAUCAACCAGGUCCCAUGCGACUGUAUCUUACUGUCGGGAGACUGCAUUGUGAAUGAAAGCAUGUUGACAGGUGAAUCUGUCCCUGUAUCUAAAAUACCUCUGACGGACGACGCUCUCGGAUACCUCGACCUCAGCACCCCUUCGAUUCACCCUAACAUUGCCAAGCAUUUCCUGUUCAGUGGUACAAAGGUCAUCCGCGCUAGACGUCCACAGAACGCUGAUGACGAUGAGGCUGUGGCAUUGGCAAUUGUUGUGAGAACCGGAUUUUUAACCACCAAAGGCGCCCUAGUUCGUUCAAUGCUUUUCCCCAAACCAUCUGGAUUCAAGUUUUAUCGGGAUUCGUUCCGUUACAUCGCAGUGAUGGGAAUUGUUGCUCUUUUUGGAUUCGUUGCCUCUUUUGUUAACUUUGUGCGAUUGGGUCUUGCCUGGCAUCUGAUCAUUAUACGAGCUCUUGACUUGAUCACAAUUGUUGUGCCACCAGCUCUUCCCGCUACACUCACCAUCGGAACCAAUUUUGCUCUUUCCCGGCUUAAGAAAAAGAGCAUAUAUUGCAUAAGUCCACAAAAGGUUAACGUGGGAGGAAAACUGGACAUUGUGUGCUUCGAUAAAACCGGAACUCUUACGGAGGAUGGACUGGAUGUGCUUGGAGCACGCAUUGUCACCAAUAGCAGAGGGUUCUCGGAACUGCUCUCUGAGACAUCGGAAGGAUUCCUUCUUUCGUCUCCAACCGCCAACUCCGCGUACGACAUUGAGAAGCAAAAAAAGAUCAUUUACACAAUGGCAACAUGUCACUCUCUCAGGGUAGUGGACGAUGAGCUUCUGGGCGAUCCGCUUGAUGUGAAGAUGUUCCAAUUUACGAAUUGGACAUUUGACGAGGGAGGCAACCACGUUCCUGAUCAGACAAGCCCCAAAUUUGAUACAAUCGCGCCAUCGGUUGCAAAGCCGCCUAUUAGCGACCAACAGGAUGCCAAUAAUCCCUUGGAACUGGGAGUUCUGCGGAGCUUCGAAUUUGUUUCCCAACUUCGUCGUGCCAGUGUCGUCGUCAGGCAGUAUGGUGACAACGGAGCAAGCUUCUUCGUGAAGGGUGCUCCUGAAAGCAUCAAGGACAUCUGUCUCCCUGGAUCCCUUCCAUCGGACUAUGAAGAUCUUCUCAGCUACUACACCCACAAAGGAUAUCGAGUAAUUGCCUGUGCGACAAAGUACGAACGGAAAUUGAGCUGGACGAAAGUCCAGAAAAUGAGUCGAGAAGACGCUGAAUCAGACCUGGAAUUUUUGGGCUUCAUCAUCUUUGAAAACAAAUUGAAGCCGAGUACUGCUGGCGUUAUUACCGAGCUGAACGAAGCAGGAAUUCGCAACGUGAUGUGCACUGGCGAUAAUAUCUUGACUGCAAUCAGUGUUGCCCGUGAAUGCAACAUGCUCGGACGUAACGAGAUGUGCUUUGUUCCACAUUUCGUUGAAGCACCUGGCCUUUCUUCUAAAAUAUCUCUUAUAUGGGAGUGCGUGGACAAUCCUGACCUCCGAUUGGAUCCGAGAACACUUUUGCCUAUUCACACCCCAGAAACCGACCUUUCUGUGCCAGGAAGCGCUCUCGUUGAACGCGAGUACUCUGUCGCUGUGACAGGUGAUGCGUUCAGGUGGUUGAUUGACUAUGGCAAUGAAGAUGUUCUCAACAAGGUUCUUGUAUUCGGAAAAGUAUUUGCUAGAAUGUCACCAGACGAAAAGCAUGAGCUAGUCGAGAAACUUCAGUCGCUUGAUUACUGUUGUGGAUUUUGCGGUGAUGGUGCCAACGACUGCGGUGCAUUGAAGGCCGCAGACGUUGGUAUUUCGUUGUCAGAUGCUGAAGCAUCUGUUGCCGCACCUUUUACCAGCCGUGUCUUUGAGAUAUCUUGUGUUCCAACCUUGAUCAAAGAGGGCCGAGCUGCUCUUGUGACAAGUUUUUCUUGUUUCAAGUUUAUGAGUCUGUACUCUGCCAUCCAAUUCUCAACAGUCAGCUUCUUGUACACUUCGGGCUCCAACCUUGGGGAUUUCCAAUUCCUUUUCAUCGACCUUGCCCUUAUCAUGCCAAUUGCAAUCUUCAUGGGUUGGGCUGAUCCGGCUCCCACGCUUUCUCGAAAACGUCCCACCGCUGACCUUGUCUCGCGCAAGGUCCUAACACCUUUGCUUGGACACAUAUCGAUAGUUGUCCUAGCACAACUGGCAGUCUUCGAAACUGUUCAGAUGCAGCCCUGGUUCAUGCCACCGCAGCUAGACCUCGAGAAAAGCAACAUUGUCAAUUCAGAGAACACUGCUCUGUUCCUGUUCUCUUGUUUCCAGUACAUUCUGACGAGCAUCAUCCUCAGCGCUGGUCCACCGUUCCGAAAGGCCAUGAUCCAUAAUGUGCCAUAUCUUUGUACGAUUAUUGUCGACGUUCUUAUUGCAGCUUACAUGCUGUUCAGACCCUCGGGAUGGGUGUCCGAAGUCAUGCAACUGACUUUCAUGUCUGAUGCGUUCAGAAGCUGGGUCGUGGCAUUGGCAUUUGGGGUUUUCCUUUUCGCCUGGAUUGCCGAAAAGAAUGUAUUCCCGCGUGUGGCACAAAUGCUCGGACUUGCUCGUGCUCGCUUGCAGCCGGGCUACCGCAAGAAGCGCCGCAUGUACAAGGUCUUGUUGGAGGAAAUGCGCAUGUGA